ACUCCGUAUUUUCAACCUUGGCCAGCCACUUGCACCUACCCAUCACCUUGAACAUUUUUUCCCGAUGCAAGAAAACUGAUGUGAUUAUCCAAAAGUAGUACUAGUAAAAACAAAACACAACGCCCCCUUCUCAUUUCUCAACCUCUUCAUCGCCUUUAUCAAAAGAAAAACCUCUGCGUCGCCCCCUCUUCAUUGCCACCACCAUCCAUACCCACCGCGGGAGAAUGGAAAGAGGGGAGGAUUUGAGCAGCUUUGUAGUUGGGUCUGUGCCCACUUUGUAUUACAUUCCCGAUUUCAUCACAGAUGCCGAUCAACAACAGCUCCUUAAUAACAUUUACCAAGGUCCCGUAUCCAAGUGGAAGUCUUUGAAGAAUAGGAGACUACAGAACUGGGGUGGUGUUGUCCAUGAUAAGGGUCUUCUGGCCCAAGAUUUGCCUCCAUGGAUAAGAAAGAUUACAGAAAGAAUAUCUGAUGAAUCAUGCCUGUUCCCCUCAGCAAUUAAUCAUGUGCUCAUCAAUGAAUACUGCCCUAACCAAGGAAUAAUGCCACAUCAGGAUGGGCCUGCCUAUCUUCCAGUAGUGGCAAUUCUGUCUCUUGGCUCACCUGUGGUUAUGGAUUUUACACCCCACUCAAGUUUGAAACUUUGCACAAAUACGGUGAUAAAGGAAGUUGAGGAUAAAUUUCUUGAUGGAGGAGCUGGUGACUUUGAAACUGAAAAAGGGUUGAAUGGUCACCAUGCUUUCUCAGUCCUAUUGAUGCCUCGCAGUUUACUUAUUUUCAAAGAUGAGGCAUACUCAGAUUACUUGCACGGCAUUAAAGAUAGUGCGGUCCAACAAUACGAUGGGGUUGUGAAUGCUGUUGAAUGUCUGAAAAGUCAUGUAGCAAUUCAACCACUGUCCGGACCAGAAAAUGCAUUUGACACGAAGAGAAGUGGAGAUGUUCAGACAAUCCACAGACUUGAAAACAGAGUUUCAUUAACAUGUCGAGUUGUAUCAAGGGUUCACAAAAAUUUGUUUAAGUUUUAGAAUCCUGGCGGGCGUGGUUGGUCUCAGUUAAUUGCUUGAGAAUGAGAAUGCAAUAAAUGUUGGCACAUUUUGAGGCGCUUAGUUGUUUGAGGAUGUUAUGGAAAGGCAUUUUACAUUUUCAUGCAAGUGAUGUUUCUGAUA